AUGACGACGAAUGAAGCCAAAGUCGAGAGAUGCGAAGCCAUCAUCAAGUACGAGUUACCAAACAAGCUUAAGUGCCUCGAAGCACUUCAAGCUUCCGGCCAUACGCUUCGCUGGGAUCGCCAACUCGUCCCUAUCCGCAGAAAUGACAGCCUUGCAGUCUUCGGGGAUGCUGCCACCAAGGCAUACUUGUGCAGAAGAUGGUAUGAUAGUGGCCGAAGCAAAGGCCAGUGGACUCAAGCCGAGCAGGCAUUGCUCUCGAACACCAAUCUCAGCGCCGUCGGCUACGAACAUGGUCUCCAUGACUGCGUUAUCUUGAACCAGGGCACGCUAUCUGUCUCCAACAAGACCAUGGCGACCACCGUCGAAGCCAUCCUCGGUGCAGUGUUCAUGGAUGGCGGCGCCGACGCGCUGGGCACGGUCCUCGUCACUCUGGGCCUGGACCGGCACCCAUUCCUCGAAUCGACCCGGCGUAACGGGCUACUGAGUCGGCUACGAGGAGGACUCAAUGUCCUCCUCGCAGCCGACUCAAUACCCCGUUACGCCAUGGUCCCAUGA